AUUUUACCAAGAUAUUUUCAAAACAACACAAGGCAAUAUUAUUUUCCAAUCUUCGAUUGCCUCCAAUUUUCGAUUGCAUUCAAAACACUGCAACUGUAAAAGACGAGUUGUCUAGAAUAGAAAACAGGCUAGUGCAUAAGGUGCGAAGAUCAUUCCAGUGUAACACGGAGAGGACGAGCAAGCACAACUACGAAGUCUCUCUGCGGACACGAGAUAAGAAAUCACUCGCAGUGCACGCCACGGAAUGGCUUCACUAACUUUUUUGCUCAAAGUGUAUCCCCAUUUGAUCAGGCCAAAUCUGCAUACAGUCUACAAGAAUCCCAAACGAUAUUUGAAUUUGUUGGAAUAUCAGAGCAAGAAGCUCCUGGAAGAGAGUGGCGUUGCUAUACAAAACUUCCGCAUUCUUGAAGGCAAGCAGGAUGCGGAUCUGUUGAGCGGCUUUAAUGUAAAAGAGUACGUUGUAAAAGCGCAAAUUCUAGCCGGCGGCCGCGGCAAAGGUUAUUUUGAUAAUGGAUUCAAGGGGGGAGUACACAUAACGAAAAAUCGGUCGGAAGUUUUGCCACUCGUGGAGAAAAUGGUUGGCCAUAGACUAAUUACGAAACAGACCCCAAAAGAUGGUAUCCUCGUGAAGAAGGUAAUGGUGGCGGCUCUGACGAACAUUGUGCGCGAAACAUAUUUUUCAAUAGUGAUGGAUCGGGAACACAACGGACCCGUGCUGAUAGCAUCCCCCGCCGGUGGAAUGGACAUUGAAGCAGUGGCAAAAGAAACUCCGAGUAAAAUUAAAACAAUUCCGGUCGACAUUACGAAAGGCAUCACGCGCGUGCAAGCACUCGACGUUGCCAAAUUCCUCGAGUUUAAUAAUAUGCUGUUGGAGCGAGCUGCCGACGAAAUUAUGAAGUUAUACAGCCUGUUUACCAAGGUAGACGCGGUGCAGAUUGAAAUUAACCCGCUGGCAGAAACAGACGAUGGUCGUGUCAUUUCGGUUGAUGCCAAGCUUAACUUUGAUGAUAAUGCCCAGUUCCGCCAAAAGGAUAUUUUUGCAAUGGAAGUGCAUGAAGACACGGAUCCGAAAGAGAUCGAAGCAUCAAAAUACAAUCUCAACUACAUAGCCAUGGAGGGCAACAUUGGAUGUUUAGUGAAUGGAGCCGGUCUUGCUAUGGCCACGAUGGACAUUAUCAAGUUGAAUGGGGGGAGUCCGGCUAACUUUCUAGACGUGGGAGGUAGUGUGAAGGAAGAUCAGGUACUGAAAGCUUUCCAGAUUCUUACGUCGGAUGAGAAUGUAAAAGCAAUCUUGGUGAAUGUUUUUGGGGGCAUCGUGAACUGUGCGACAAUUGCCAAUGGCAUCGUAAGUGCGACGAAAACCAUGAACUUACAAGUACCGUUGAUUGUUCGUCUGGAAGGCACGAACGUGAAUGAAGCCAAACAAAUUCUUAAACUCUCGGGACUGAAAAUCCAAUCUGCCGUCGAUCUGGACGAAGCUGCCAAGAAAGCAGUACAGUCAAUUUGAGCGCAAACCUAUUGAACUGGACAUCCAUUGAAAACUUUAGUCUUCCGGUUGGCCUUUAGUUUCUACUAGAUAAACAUUGUAUCAAGCUAGGUGAGUGAGUUUAAUAAAGCUAAAGACUU